AUGCCACAAUCGAAACCAAGAGCCCGUCUGUUUGUGGGGCAACUUAAUUUUGGCGCAACGGAGGAUGACAUUCGUGCCAUAUUUGAUUUCUAUGGUCAUGUAUUGAGUGUUAACUUGCUCCACGACAAGUCUAAGAAUCGUAGUAAAGGCAGCGCAUUUGUGGAGUAUGGCUCAACGGGCGAGGCUGACUGUGCCAUCCGUUCACUUCACAACCGUUACUACAUGGAACGUGAUAAACCACUGCAAGUGUCGUAUUGUGAAAGAUCGGAAUUGAUUUCUCCCUUUGGAUGGCAACAGGCGCUGCAAUUACAUCAGGAGAACAGUGCGAAUCCUCCCCCACCUGACCGAUCUCUCCCCACUCCAGCCAAACGUUUGUUGUAA